CGCUCAUUUAUUGCCGUUCCCGAGCCCACAGCAGCAAGACGCAAAUCGUGAUCCGUGUCAAGUGAAAAAUUGCAGCGAAUUCUCGCUGGUUUCUGAAGGAAGAUUAUCGUUUCUACUGAAGUUGUGCGGGAAGAUUUUUGUCGAAUCAAGAAGGUUCACAAAGUCUUUGGUUUUUGAUCGUUGGUUCGUGCGACUGUGACAAGCGAAAAUGGCAAAAUUUAACAACGCAAUAGUGUUCGGAAUCGUUCUCAUCUUCGCAUCUGCCUUCGCCGCGUCUGACAGCGGUGCUUGUGAGGCCGAUGUUGAGGAAUGUAAUCCCAACUACUCCAGCUUCCUGAACCACGGUGGCAAGACGGUGGAAAAUGAUCUGCGGAAGUACACCAGCCAACUGGUGGACAAAUCUUACCGCUUCCUCGUCCUAUCUUCCGUGUUCAACAAGUACAGCCUUGACCGCCCCGGAUUCGAGAAGCUGUACCGCAAGUUUAGCGACAAAGCCUGGGCCGAUGCCAUCGAUUUGAUCAAAUACCAGAGCCGCCGUGGAUCCUUUGGUUACCUGGUCAAUCCGAAAUCGAGCGAACAGGUAUCGAACGAGCAGGCUAAGAUCCUGAGCCGACCUGGAAACUACAGUACCGUGUUGGACGUCAAUGAGCUCAGCUCCCUGCAGUUCGCCCUGGAGUACGAGAAGGCGUUGGCCCAGGAAGCGCACGCCAUCCAUCGCAAGGUUUCGCAUGCGGCACACAAGGCCGGCGGUGGCGACUACUAUCACUACGAUCCGGAUGCAGCCCACUACUUGGACGAAAACAUUAUCGAGUACCAGUCGGGCACCGUGCGUGAUCUUGCUGGGUACAUCCACAAUCUGAAGCACUUCUCAAGAAACUCGCAAGGUGCAAGCGAUCUGGGAGUGCAUCUGUUUGACGAAUUCCUGGCCAAGGCUGAGUAAAAGCUCGGGUAGCUCUGCUAGCCUAAAGUAAAAUAAAUGCAUAGCGUUUCAUGAAAUUCCCACUCUGUAGCGCAAUGUUGCAUUCAAAUAAAUCCAUUGUAUUUUUGUGAUCUAGUGAGGAUAGUGGUGUGAUUGGUCAAGAAUGAGCUAUUGAAAUAAAGAAUCCAGCUCGGAACAGGUACACAACA